AGAUUUUCUGAUGUAUGCAACAAAUCAAAUUUUCAACUUCAUCACAGAAUGAAUUGCGUCUAAUCAAGACAGAACUAGAGUGACAUUUUCCUAUUCCUUCACCACCACAAGCACCCAUUUCAUUCUUAGCGUUAAGCCACGUGAUUUGUUAAAACAAUCGCGUUUUCUAGGCUGGCUGGGCUGAAUUUCCCUAAAUAAUCGCAAUGGGGGAAACCGCCACAAUCCUCAAACCCCAUCAUACAUUUAUUCAACAUCAAGUCUUCAAUUAAAAGACUUUAUUUGAAUCCUCCCCCAUAACGAUACGUCCACUGAAGAUUGCGAUAUUUACAGUGCACUCCAGCUUAAAAAAAACCAGAAGUAUUCUUAACAUUCACAUGGGAACAUCAACAAUCUGAUUGGAUCUGAAUCUCUAUCAUCAUUUGAUCCUUCUUGGCCUUGUUCCCACUUCCUUUCUACUCAACCUACCAGUUCACCUGAUUUAGGCCUAGAGGCACAGCGGAACAUACACGAACAUACACUGAAUGGAACAGUCAGAGGAGGACACUCAUAUGACCAAUUUUUAGUACAUACUCUGCGCAUUAAGUGUGUGAAGCGUUGUUGGAUGGACACAUCCAAUCCUCACCAUGUCUCCAAACUACUAGAUCAUCCUCGCCUCCAUCAUGGUACUGAGUCAAUGUGCUCGAUCCUUGGAUUUAUCUCGCCGUCGAGUGGCAGCCAUCACGUUUUUGGCCAAUAUUCAAGUUCAUGACGAAUCUCAUCAGGAGGGAAUUGCUUCGGAAGAUGCGGAUCCAUCCGACGACCACACCAUCACCGAGAUCCGGUUGGAUUGCUUGCAAAAAACCCAUGUAUUGAAGGAUUUCCAGGAUCACAAGCGAUUGCGUCAUGAGCGUUUCCGGGGCGUGGGCUUUAAGCUUCCUCCCACCGUAAUUGAGCCCGCCCACAAUGUAAAUGAGCACGAAAAGAUCGCUCGAAAGUUGACCUUUGGGCAGACGGAGAAUAAGUUGUUUGCCGAAGAACGCGAGGAAGAGAUUUACAAUUCGACCAAGCAUUUGAUUCACAUCGAUGAACAUGACGAGCCCUUGACCCCGAGAUCACGGACUGCUCCGGACAAGGCCCGAUUGGAGGUGAAUGAUAAUCUGCUUCAUCUGGAUCUCUCCAAUGUUCCGGGAAAUCAACCCGCUCCGCGAUCGGCACCUCCAGGGGCAAUUCCGGCCGGAACCAACUCGUUGAGUAGUCAGAACUCCAAGUUGGGCUUCAACUUCGCACCUGAAAAACACAGUUCACACGAGCAAUUACCCGAGUCCCGGAAUAUGUAUUCCUCGAAACGGAAAUUGACUUAUCAAAACAAAACCGAUGAGAUAAAGACGUUCAAUCUUGGAUCGAGUAAUGAGAGUCUCAGCUUUAUCCCGUCGAAUUUGGGUGCAAGACUAAGAAAGAUUUCGGGGAACUUGUCCGAGAACAGCUCCACUUCUAAUCGUGAUCUCCGAGCUUUCCGAACCGACGAUGAGAAGCCCACAGGCAACGAAAGAUUCGUCCUAGUGACGCCCGAGAAACGAACCCCCUUUGCCGUGGUUAGCAUCAUCCCCUUCCAUAAAAACAGCCGUGCUGCCCACAGAAGUGACCGAGAUCAUAACAAACGAACGCGCACAAAUUCCGGAGCUCGACAAUUUUCGCUCAUUCAUGAUGGAUUCGACUUCAAUGACAUUAUGCUUGGAGAAAAACUUGACGAAUCGCAGAUUCCGGCCCCUUCCAUAGCUGUGCCUCCACUUUCGCACCCACCUCCAACGCUGAUUAGCCGCGUCACAUUCCGCGCUGCUCACCUCAGUAAAAAACUCUCGUUAAAAAAGACUCGCUCCACUGGCGGGCCGGCUUCGCUUCGAGGCGGGACGGUCUCCCCCAAAGAUGUGGGUAGUACUGUCUCGCUUGAUAAGCAGGCUACCAAUCCGAAAGGUCAAGCCGGUCAGCCUCCCAAAACCCUGCGACAGAAUGAAGUGGCUUUGAUUGGUGGUCAAUCGUCUGGAAUUGCCAAGAUUCAGGCUCUAAAGCAGCGUUCGUCUAGUUACGGCUACAUUUUUGAUACAUCUUUAGCUGUUUUUGAAACAUCCUACAGCCAUUUAUUGCAUCCAACCACCGCAGAAGAUAUAGAACGCCGUGAGGCGCACUUUUCCAACGGAAGACAAAGUUUCAGGUCGCCUCUAAACGAGCAUCCCAAGAUACCAGAGCAUAACGAAGGGGUCCGUGGAAGUAUAUCGUGUGGGUACUCUCCCCAUGAAUUGGAUGGAUGGCUCAUAGCGGGCAAGCACCGGACCUUUUUGCCGUUCCCAUCGUAUGUGACAUCGGUAAUUGAGUACGUGAAACCUUCUGAGUUGAAGAAAGAGCUUAAUUCAAAGUUCAAGGAACGAUUUCCAUAUCUUCAGCUGUCCUUGUCCAAGCUUCGAAGUAUCAAACGAGAAAUGAAACGCGUGGUCGUGGUUGAGUGUGGCCUAGAUCUUCUAACCGUGGCCAUGGCAUACGUCUACUUCGAAAUACUGGUCCUCAAGAACAAUAUCAAUAAGGCCAAUCGAAAAUUUUGUGCGGGUGCCUGCCUUAUUCUUGCAGCAAAAAUGAACGAUGUUAAGAAAGCAGAUCUGACGCUGCUGAUUGAGAAAAUAGAGAGCGUGUUCCGGAUAAACCGAAGGGAUCUCCUCUCAACGGAAUUUUGUGUUUUGGUGACACUGGAGUUUGGCCUCCACAUUCCCAGUUGGCAAAUAUUUCCUCACUAUCAAAGAUUACUAUAUGAAACGUGAAUGCUCAGAUCAAUCAAAGAAAUAUAUAAGUAUAUUGGCAAACGAA